AUGAUUAAUGAAAACCUCAAAGGAGACAUAAAAAUUGAUAAUAAACUAAUUGAUAUACAUUUUUUAAAUGAUAACAUAAAAAAGUAUGAUAGACAUAAUUUAAGAACUACGUUAAGAAAGUAUAUACGUGAUAAUAACAGGUUAUUAAAUUAUUAUAAAUUUAAUGAAGUUGUAAAUAAUUUUGAAAACUUUAAAAAUCUUUUCAUUAUAUAUACCAAUAGCUUUUUACAAAAGAAUAAAAUUUUUAAUUAUACUUUUCGAUAUUCCAAAAUUAUAAAAUUAUUAUAUUUAAAUAAAAAAGGGAAACGGUUAAUAUAUGGAGAUAAUUAUAUUAAAGAUACAGCAUUAAAUUUAAAUAAAAAUGAUGCUAGUCAAAAGAAACUUGGUUUCUUAUUAGAAAAAAAUAAAAACAAAAAUGACGAAAAUGACAAAAAUAAUGAAAAUAAGAAAAAUAUAAAAACUAAGGAAAAUAAGAAAGAUAAGAAAAGUAAGAAAAAAGACAAAAUAACACAAGAUGAAGUGAAGGAUAAUUUAUGCUUUGAUAAAAAUGAAGAAAAUCCUAAACAGUCAUAUAAUAACAGUGAAGAUAUAGAAAUACAUAAAUCUAUUCCGUCUAAUGAUGAUAAUAAAAAAAAAGAUUAUUUUAUAAAUUUUAAUUAUGAACUAAAAGAAAAGGAUAUAAACAAAUUAGAAGAUAUUAUAUCACAUAGUAAUAUAUCAUUACCUACCUUUAGUUAUUUUGAUAUAUAUUUAUUUAGUAAUAAUAAAAAAAUGAAAUAUGAAAUUAAUAAAAAGAAUAUUAAAUAUAUGGAUAUUAACUCAGUUCUAUAUUGUUUAUAUAUAUCUGUUAUCAUAUCAUAUAUAUAUUUAAAUGAUUUCAGAAACGCUUAUAUGAAAUUUUUAGAAUAUAUAUAUUUUAAAAGAAAAUUGAAAAAAAUAAGAAAGAACUAUAACGAAACUGAAAAAAGAAAGUUAAGAUUUGGUAGUUUUAUUUCAUCAGAAUUGAAAAGUAAAAUUUAUAAUUAUUAUGACGCAUUAUAUGAAAGAAAAGCCUCUGUUAUUUUACAGAAGAUAAAAAUGGACAAAAGUACAAAUACAAAAAAUUAUGAAAAAAUUAAAAGGGACAAAAGAAAUAAAGAAAUAAAAACUGAUAAGGAUAACAAGAAUUCAAUUACGAAUUUUAAUUUAAUGAAUGGACAAGAAAAACCUAAAGAAUUUUCAAAAAAUAAAUUCAAUUUUCUUAAAAAGAAAAAGAAAAAGACCAUGAAGAUGAAGAAGAAGAAUGUUUCUGUUAAACAAGAUAUAAACGUAAUAGACACAAAAAUUAAUGUAAACAAUGAUGAUAAAUAUAAUGAUAAAAGUAAUGAUAAGGAUAUAAAUAUAUAUAAUUCACAACAUAUGCAGGAUGAUAACCAACAUUUGGAUCAUAAUAAUUAUGAAGAAGGGAAUGAAAAAAUGAAUGUACAAAAUAUCAACCUCAGUGAGAAAGAUGAAAAUGGCAAUAUAAGUUGUUACAAUGAAAAAGAACUUAAAAAUAAUUUAUAUAAUAAUCAAUAUAUAAAUUAUGAUGAAAAUGUUGAACAUUUACUACACGUUGAUAAAUUACAAGAAUCUAAGUCAAAUAUAGAUCAUAAAAAACAAAUUGAUGAUCAAAAUUUUAUACAUUAUGGUGUGCAUAAAAAUGUAUAUCAUAAAGGUCUGCUGUCUAAAAGAAAAAAUAAAAUAAGUAAGAAAAUUUCUUACAUAAAAAAAUUAGAAAAAGAUGAAUCGAAAAUAGUUUCAAAAAAAAGAAAAACAAGAGAGAUUUUAGAGUUAGAUGAAUAUAUUUUAUACCUAAAAAUUAAAUAUAAAGAAAAGUAUAUUCAAAAUUUAACAAACACCUUAACAACAAUAUAUAUAAAUGAUAUAUAUUUUUAUAUGAAACGAUUUAAAUCUAUAAUGAAUAUACAACAUGAUGAAAAGAAAAAUAUGGUUAAAAAAGAGAGAAUAUUAAAAAAGUACAGCAAAAUAAAUGAUAAGAAAUAUUAUUCAUAUAAUUAUUUUUUUGAUGUAUUAAUAUAUUUUACAUAUUUUAAACAAAUUAAUGUAAUUGAAGGAUUGUUAAUUAUGGCUUUUAUGUGUAGUAAAUUAAAUUUUGUUAAUAUAAGUACAUAUAUUUAUAAGAAUGUGUAUUUAUAUUUUUAUUUUAUCUUUGAAAAGUAUCAAAAAAAAAAUAAGAAAAAGCCAUUCCAUAUAAGACAUGAAAUUAAUAAAUUCAGUUCAUUUAAAAUUAACAAGAUGAAAGAUAUCGAUUUUUUGAAUGACCAUAAUAAUAUAUCUAUAAAAGAUAAUCGUCAGAUGGAGGACAAAACAAAUGAUGAUAAUUAUAUGAAUAAAAAUUUAUAUAUAACGAAAAAAAAAAAGAAAAAGGGUAAAAUAAAUAUAAAUAAAAAAAAAACUGCAAAAAAAAAAAAAAACAAGAAAAGAAAAAUCACACAAUUAUUUAAUGAUACAAACAGUAAUGAAGAUGAAGAAGAUGUGAAGACAUAUGAAAAUUUCAAUAUUUCACAGCAUGAUAGUUCAGGUAAUUAUGAUAUAUAUAAGAAUUAUAGUAAUAAUAUUAAUGAUUGUACAAGGUAUAACGGAAAUAAUGAAAGAGCUAUUUAUAUAUAUGAAUAUUUAAUUUACCUUUUAAAAGAUAAUAAGAAUUUUUAUAUGAUAAAUGAUUUUUUAGAAGAAAAUAGGUAUUUCAAAAAUUGUAAUUAUAACUUUUUAAAUAAUUAUUUUAAUAUUGCAAAUGAUUAUAUAAUUGUUGCAACGAAGAUAAAAAAUGCAUUAUCGUUGAAUAAUAAGUAUAUAUUUUAUGGUAUUAGAAAACAUAUAUUGAUUUAUUUAAAUUUAAUAAAUUAUGUAGAAACAAAAUAUAUAUUUUAUGAAAAUAAUUAUAAUUUAAAAAAUUUAGUAUAUUAUUUGUAUAUAGAUAAAAUUGUGAAAAGUUACGAUUUCAAUUUAUAUACCUAUGAAAAAAAUUUGUACGUAUUAAGAAGAAUAUUAUUUUUUGAUAGUAAUAUAAAUAUAUAUCAUUUAUAUAAUAAUUUUAAUAUGAAUGAUAAUACAUUCAAAAGUAUUUUUUAUACGAUAUAUGAAAAUAUAAGUGUGUAUGAUACUUAUUCAAUUACAUAUCAGGAUAUGGAGCAACAAAAUAUAUGUUUGAAUCAGAAUGUAUAUAACAACACAAUAGAUGAUCAAAAUAUAUAUAUCGAUGAUGAGAAAAAUAAAAAAAAAAAAAAAAAUAAUAAAUAUGGAGAUAUUACAAGUACUACAAAUGAUAGAUAUAAUAAUUAUAAAGAUAAUUUAAAUUUCUUUUUUAAUUUGAAAAUGAUCAAGAGGAAGAAAAAAAAUGUUGAUGAUAAUAUAUACCAACCUGUUAUAGGUCAAAAUGAUACAUAUGAUAAUAAUAAUAGAACUUCAGUUCAAUUUAAUUUUGAUAAUUUGGAAGAUAAUAAAAAGGAAGAUAAUAAAAAUGAAGAUAAUAAAAAGGAAGAUAAUAAAAAGGAAGAUAAUAAAAAUGAAGAUAAUAAAAAUGAAGAUAAUAAAAAUGAAGAUAAUAAAAAGGAAGAUAAUAAAAAGGAAGAUAAUAAAAAUGAAGAUAAUAAAAAUGAAAAUAAUAAUAUUGAAGAUAAUAAAAAUGAAAAUAAUAAUAUUGAACAUAAUGAUAAUAAUAGGACAAAUAAUUUAAUGACAGAAAAUAAUAUUUUUAAUUAUGAAGACAAAGAUAAAAAUAUCAAUAGUACAAUACCCCAUAUAGACGAUAAAAAAAAAAAGAAAAGAAAAAGUAUGUAUUUUUUAAAUUUUUACAACAAAAAGAUAUAUGAAAAAUAUAAUAAAAGGAAUAAUUCAGAAAUUAUCUUAAAUACAUCAUAUAAUAAUAUGGAUAAUAUUAUAAGAACAAAAAAUACUAGAAAUAAAAGCUUCUUUGUACCGAAGAAAAGUUCUUAUAAUAUAUUUCAUAAUAUAAUAUCGAAAGGGAACAUAUAUAUAAAUAAUAUAAAGAAUGAAAAAUUUAUAAAUUAUAAAUAUUUUCCCUUUAAUUAUUAUAAAUAUUAUUAUUCAUGUGAAGAUCUGAUGGAUUAUGUAAAAAAUGAAAAUUUAAAAACUUAUUUGAGUUUUAAAAAUAAUCAACUUAAAUUGUUAAUAUAUAACUUUUUAUACCUGUACAUGUUUGAUGAAUAUAUAUAUAUGCAUACACAUAAAAAGGAUAUAAAUGAAUAUUUUAAUUUUGUCAAUAUUUUAAAAAAGAAACAAAAAUUAAGAUACAGGGUAUAUCAUUUCUUUUCUAAAUCAAGCAAAGACAUAGGAGAUGAAAUAUCCUAUUACAAAAAAUAUAUCAAAGAAAAAUAUUUAAAGAAAAAUAAAAGGAAAGAUAAUAAAAUGUACAAUUCAAUGUUUAAAGAAAAAGGAAUUGAUAUAAAAAUGAAAAAGGAUAUUUCUUUUAAGGGUACAAAUAAAAAGGAAAAUGAUAUAUGUCCACGAAAUCAAAAUUUUUCAAAAAAUUUAUUGAUGAAAGAGCAUAAGAAUGUGACUGUAAAAUCUCUUUUUGUUGAUAAUAAAAAGAAUUAUAGUAUUAAGAGUAUACAUUUUUUGAGAGAUAUUUAUAAAAAGAAUUAUAUAAAUUAUCAUAUGAAAAUUAAUAUAGAAAAAUAUGAGCAUAUAUGUUUCUUAUUUUUAAUCACUGAAAUGUUAUCUGUAGUAUUGUUACCAUAUAUUAAUUUUCAUAUUCCCUUUGUAUAUAUGAAAAUUAAUAAAAAUAUAAAUGAUAUGCAAUUUACGCAGAUGGAUAAAUUUAGAUUUGAAAAUAAAUGCUAUGAGAAUGAAAGUGAAGAUGAUGGUGAGGAAGAAGACCACCAGGAAAUAGAUAUUGAACAAGAAGACAUCGGAAGGGGAGAUGAUGAAGACAUCACUCAUAAUAACAAUAAUAAUAAUAAUAAUAAUAGUAAUAAUAGUAAUAAUGAUAUUUCUGCGGUAAGCCUUUUUGAUUCUUCAAAUAUCUCUAAAAUGUAUAACCCCCAAAAUAAGAAUAAUUUGAAUAACCUUCAAGUAAGAAACAAAUUAACAGUUUCUAGUACAUAUAACAUGAGAGACGUGAAAAAGAAAGAAAAAAAAAAACUUUUAUUAUUUAAUAAAAAAAAAGGAACCAAAAGUACAUUAAAAUUGUCUGCAAAAAGAAGUAAAAAAACGUACUAUCAUAAAAAAGUUACAAGUAAUACGAAAAAUGAAACAUUGUAUAUACAAAAGUAUUGUAUACACAAUGAAAAUAAAAUUAAAUAUACUAUAGGAAAAAGAAAUUCAUCUAAUAUUUUUAAUAGGAGAAAAAAUAAAAAUAAACAAAAUAUUAUAAGUCACACAAAAAAGAAUAAUAAAAAUAAUUUAAGAAAAGACAAGGAUAAUGCAUUAUAUAAAUCACAUGAUAAUAAUAAUGAUAAUAUUUAUUAUAUUAGUUUAUGUAAUAUGAAUAGAAUAAAUGAGAAAUUAUGUAAAAUAACAAAUUUAAAUGUAGGUACAAAAAGUAUAAUAGAACAUAAUUUUUUAUAUAAUGAUUAUUACAGUGUAGAUAUUAAUGAAUUUAAAAAAAUAUUUCAUAAUAAAGGAAAAUAUUUUCUAAUAAAAAAAUAUGAAAAGAUUAUUGCUUUAGCAUAUUUUACUAGAUUUAAUACAUAUUUAAUCUUUUCAUUAUAUGAAAGAAUAGCCAUGUUAAAUUAUUUAUAUUCUAACUAUAAUUCUGUUAUAUCCAUUUUAAGAUAUCUUAAUUAUAUACAUUGCAAAUUAAUUAAUAAAUAUGCCCCUGACCCUUAUCGUGAUAAAAAUAAAAAAAAGAAUACGAUCGAAAAUAUUCAUAAUGAUAAAUAUGAAUAUAAUGAAAAUGGUAAAAUUUAUAAGAAUUAUAAAAAUGAUAAAAAUGAUAAAGAUGAAAAAAAUAUAUUUUACUGUGAUAAUAAUUAUGAAGGAAUAAACAAUCCAUUAAUUGAUAAUAUACGAGUAAAUAGUUAUGGUACAAAUCAAUAUGUAGAACAUAAUAUAUAUAAAAGUAAUGAUAUAAAUGAUAAACCAAAUAAUACAAAUAUUUUCUUUUAUAUGAAAAAUGAAGACAUACCUUAUAAUGAUUAUAUAUUUAAUACAUAUAGUACGAAUUAUAUAAAUGAUAGAAAAUAUAUAACAGACGAAAACAAUCCACAUGUUAAUGAAAAUGUUUUUGAAAAAUUAGCUAAUAUUAAAUCAUUUCGUUUUUCUUUAUUUUUUGAUAUAUUUUUUGAAUUAAAGGUAAAUUUUAAUCAUUUCUUUAAUAGUCAUAUAUGUGUACAAAACGGACUCAAAUAUUUAUUUUUUUAUAUGAAAAACAGUCAUAAAUUUAAUUUAAUUAUUGAUUGUAAGCAAAAGAUGAGAAGAAUAGCGUAUAUGAAAUUAUUUUCUGACAAUAUAACUAACAAGGAAAAAGAAGAAAAUUAUGACAACAAAAUGUGUGACAACAAAAUGUGUGACAACAAAAUGUGUGAUAACAAAAUGUGUGAUAAAAGUUCUUAUUAUUAUAAUAUUUAUAAACCAAGAAAUAAUUUUGAACACACGAACAAUAAAUAUAAAAGCAUUCAAUAUAGUCUACACACUGAUGAGCGCAUUUUUAUAAGAACGAAAUCGGGUAUUAUACUUUCGAAAAAAAAUUUCAUACAUUUGAAAAAAAGUGGUGAGUAUAUUUUAGAUAUUAAAGACAUAUUAAGAGAAGGUAAUACACAUUAUAUGCAUAAAGAACCUAUAAAUCAUAGAAAAAAAAAUGCAAGCAAUUCUAUGAAUGAUUUUUCUUUAAAUACACAUUUGUCUAAAGAUUCAUUGAAGUAUUCAAAUGUGCAAAAUGAUAAAUACAAUAAUAUAGGUAAUAAUAAUUAUAGUCACAAAUUAUCAGAACAUAUAAAUGAAAAAGAUAGACAUAAUAAAUAUAAGAAAUAUAUAACAAAUGAUAUAUUUAUAAAGAAUAAAGAAUAUAUUUUUGAGCAUAAAUUAGAUAUGAACAAAUUGAGAGGAAGUAAACUUUAUUUUAUUAUUGGUAUAUCAUUAUUAAAACAAAUAAAUACAAAUCCUUAUUAUGAUAAUAUAAAAGAGGUUCAUUUUAUAUAUGAAGAAGAUGAUAUGAUUAAUAAAGAAAUAAAUAUAAAUAAUAUAGUAAAAAAUGAUUAUACUGAAUUAUUACAAUUAAGUUAUAAAUAUAUUAUGAAAAGUAUACAUAUAGAUCCUAAUAGUAUAUUAAAUUAUUAUUAUUUAUGUAUUAUUUAUUUAUAUAAUCUAAAAAUAAAUAAGUGCUUAUAUAUUUGUAAAAAUUUUUUGAUCAGACAUAAUAUUUACGAUAUGUAUACUUUUCCUUUCUUUUUGUUAAGUUUGACUGUAAUGAGCUGUAGAACAGUACAAAACAAAUCAAAAAAAAAAUAUACAAUAAAUUAUAAUAGUAAUAAUAUAAAUAUGCAAGAUAAUUGUAAAGACAAGUACUAUUCUAUACCUUAUAGAGCUAACCAAGAAGAAAGUAAAAACAAUAAAAUAUUAUCUCAACAUUUAGAACCCUUUCAAAAAUAUAAUAAACAAUAUGCAUCAGAACUUAAUAGACUAAAAAUAAAUUCUCCGCAUUUUUUUAAUUCUAUAACAAAUAUGAGUGAUAUAUGUAACAUGAAUAAUUCAAAUAUUUCAAACCAUUCAAGUGAUUCAAAACAUUCAAGUGAUACAAACAAUUCAAACAAAAUAUGCAAUAUAAGUAACAUAAUAAACUGCAACCUUUUGAAGAAUAAGGAAGACGAAUUUGUUGUGGAAAAACAAAAUGAUCAAAAGAACUUAACCGAUUUAUAUACCAAUAACAAUAAAGAUAGUUGCGUGGAAGAAGGCAAGAAUAAAUUUAAAAAAACAAUUUCUUUUUCUGAUAUCAAGAAUAACGAUAUAAAUAAUAGUGAAUAUGAAAGUAUGGGAAACGCUAUAAAUAAAAGUAAUUUUAAUAAUGAAAAAAAGAAUGAACGAAAAACAUUCGAGGAAAAUAAAAAGGCUGUCAGUUUAUCAAAGGACAAUGAUGAUUUAUAUCACAAAAGAGAAUUAGUGAACAAGGAUUUCCUUGACUUAUUAAAUAAAGCUAUGAACAUAUUUUCUAAUAAUUUUCUUUUUCUAUAUUUAUAUGUCUAUUAUAUUAUUCAUUAUUUUUCACUUUAUGAUAUAUUAUUCAUAUGGGAGAGAAAAAAUACCAAAAAAAGGAAGGAAUCUAAAACGUAUCAUCAAAAGACAUAUUUUCAAAAUAUGUCCUUAAAUAAUUUAAUCAACAAUAAUGUUUCAACGUCUCAUACGAAUAAAGAAAAUACUAACCUUUUCAAUAUUAUGAACAAGAAAAACCAAGGAAAUAAAAAUCUAACAAAUUGUAUUAAAGAAGAAAUUGAUAAAAUAUUAUUUUCCAUGAAAAUAUUAGAAGAUACGAAUUGUAGCGAAAAUGAUGAAAAAACAAUAUUUGGUUCAUUAGAAAAAAAAAAUACAAAAAAUAGAAGAAAAGCAAAUACUCCAAAUAUAUAUCAAACGAAUAAAAAGAAAACUGGACAGUGGUAUAACAAAUUGAAUUAUUUAAACAACAUAAAUAUAAGUAGUAAUUAUAAUAAUAAUAAUAAUAAUAAUAAUAAUAAUAAUACUUAUAAAAAUAAUAAUGAAUAUAUUGAUAUUAGUAAUAUAAAAUUAUUACCAUGUUGUAUACCCAUAUUGGUUAUAUUAUAUAAAUAUAUACAUAGAAAUAUUUGUUCUAAAAAGGAAAAAAAUAAUUCGGACGUAUAUAUAUAUUUUCAUUUACAUAAUUUAAUGUCUGAAAUAAAUAUAAAUAAAAUCACAUGUGAAUUACAUAAAAAUAAUUGUUGUAAUGAUAGUACAAAAAAGGAUCAAUUCGAUGAUAGUAAUUGUUUUUUUAUAUAUUCAAAGGAAAAUGAAAAAAUAAUAAAUAAAAAUAAUUUUUUUUAUGAUAAAUUGGAAUGUAAUACAUCCUGGAUUAAUAGUGAGGAUAAUGCACUAUCAACAAAAUAUCGUGAUGAUCACCAUAACAAUGUAAAAAGAAAAAUAAGUGUAAAAAAUAUAUAUUUAGAAACUAUGGUAUGGAUAGGUUUAAGCGAGGUUUUCAUAUAUCUAAAUGUAUGUCCAAAACUUAUUAUAUAUUUUUUCCAUAUAAUUAAUACCUAUAUAAAUUUUUAUUUAAGUUUGAAUAAAAAUAAUAAUACAUAUAACUAUGAAAAAUGUAAUUUUUUUUAUAAUUUAACUCACCAAUUUAUGUGUGUCAAGUCUCUAUUUCUUUUUUAUUUAUAUUCAAGAUGUACAAAGAAAAAAAUAUAUAAUAAAAGAUUUACCAGAAACAGAUAUGAAUUAAAUAAUAUGCCUGAAAUAUUACAAAGUUAUAAUAUAUAUAGUACAAAAAACAACAUAAUACUAAACAAAGAUAACAUGACGUCGUUUAAAAAUAUAUAUAUGAAAAUUCUUUUAUUCGAGAGAGAAGCACAGAAGUGUAAUACAUAUAUGGAUGUUUUUGAUAACCAUCAAAUAUUGUUAGAAAACAAUCAUAUAUGUUUGCAGGAUGAUCAUAUUCCAGAAUAUAAUUUUAAAUUACCAUAUCGUACUAUAGACAAAAGCAGAACAUUGAAAUCUAGAUUCUGGCCUUUUAAAACUGAAAAGAAAGAAUUUAAUACUAUAAAAAAUGAUAUAAAAGAUAUAAAUAAAAAAGAUAAACCUAAUGUGGUAGAAAAUGUUGAAGAUAAACAUAUGUUAUCUGAUGAUAAUAAAAAAAAAGAAAAGAAAAGAAAUAUAAAGAAACAUAAGGAAUUAAUAAAAAAAUUACAUUUAGAUGAACAGAAAUUAUUUAAUUCAUUAUUUUAUCAUAAUAGCUUCAAUAAAAGACAUGAAGAAUAUAAAAUAAUAAAAAAUAUAAAAAUAUAUUUAUCCUUAAUGACCAAAAUAUAUUAUAAUAAUAGGAAGGUUCAAAUUUUAUAUGCUCGUUAUUAUUUUUUAAAAGAAAAAUAUAUAAAGGUUAUAAGUAUCUUAUCUUUACUUAAUGAUCAUUAUAAAAAAAAAACAUAUUAUUUUAAAAGAGACGAAAAAGGUUAUCUGACAAAUCUACAAAAAACUAGUAACAAAUCAAAUAAUAAAUAUUUAAAUAAUAUCUUGUUUUUUCAUUUAAAUAAUCAAUCUGAUUUUUUAUAUGAAUAUUUAAAUAUCUAUAUGUAUUAUCAAUCAUAUAUGAAAAUAAAAAAUUACAAAAAAGCUAAUUAUUAUAAAAAUAUCUUAAAUACUAUAUUUUUAUAUUGUCCAAUUAUACCAUUCCAUUUCUUCCCAUUUAUAAAUCUUUAA